AUGUUUUUCCUCUCAUUCCACAUCCUCAAUAAGAAUUUUAACUCUUCCCUGGACAAUCCCAGUUCUUCCUACUAUCAAGACUUGAAGAAUUCUAUUAAUGAUCUGUUGCAGCAGACUUACAAAAACAAUGCAUUUGUGACCUUUUACAUACUCCAAUUCAGAAAGGGCUCUGUGAUUGCAGACUGUAUCUUGGUCUUCCAAGAGGGCAGCAUCACAACCAAUGAAGUACAGAAUCUGUUUGCUGAAAAUGUGAAAGAAAGUUACAUAUACAACCUGACUAUUUCACCAUCCGAUAUAAUUGUCCGUGAGUGGAAUUCUGAAGCCACAUCUACUGAUGCUGCUGUGCCAGGCUAUGCCAUUGCUUUGCUUGUGAUAGUCUGUAUCCUGCUCGCUUUGGCAAUUUUCCACCUUGCUGCCCUGGGACUAUCUCAGUUCCGUCGGAAACAUUGUGGACAGCUGGACAUCUUUCCAUCCCAAGAUUCUUACCAUCCCAUGAAUGAGUACCCCCCUUAUCAUACCCAUGGACGAUAUGUGCCCCCAGGCAACAUGAAGCGCAGCCCUUAUGAAGAGAUCUCUCCAGGAAAUGGUGGCAACAGCCUCUCUUAUGUGAACCCGGUGGCCACUUCUGCUAACCUGUAGAGGGACGGUGCCAGCUCUGUGCUCGGGGCCAAGCACUGCCAGGGGCACUUCCCCCAUUUCUUGGUCUCCACCUCUCCCAUUCCCGGAAGGGAAAGCAAGGAGCCCUGAGUGGGUAGUGUCCCAAAGGUCCCUUCUCUGAAGGCUCCUUAGAUGCUCCCCCCCCAUCCAUCUCCAGAUGAAGUUGUAUGAGACUGUGUGCUGCUAUCUUACCCUCAUGCCCUGCCUUUUGGCGGAUGAUGAAACCAGGAUGGGUUAGGGGUGGGGGAAAAGGAAUCUGUAUGUGACUCAAUAAAAUCGAUGACCCCCACAAAUACAGAACAUCUUCGAACCUCUUA